CUCACGCGCACGCCCCCUGAUGGAGCCUUCGAUUGCACUGUAACUUGUGGAGCUGCGCCCUCUGCUGGUGCCUCCCGAGCCUGUGCACUGUGGUGUGGAUACUGGAGGCGGCGACAACCUCACUUCAGGGGAUGCCAGUCCAGCAGUGAGGAGGUCAGGAUGAUGACGUCACCGGGGGCGGGGGACUACCUGUGUAUCGGCGACUACAUCUGUCUCUACUCCGUGGACACCGAGGGCUAUGUCUUCAGCAUCGAGUCCAGCACCAGCCACAGUGGUAUCUUCAUCUACCGUGGGCAGGAUCGCGACAAGCCCAGCAGGGUACCCAACCCUCAAGCUGUAACCUUUCAGGUGUGCAUACAAAACCGCUACAAGCUCAACAAAAAACACCGCAAAUGGCUGUCUCAGACGACCACGGCCACCGAGGCGGUCAACGACAAGGGGAUGAUGCAUCAGGCGAAGCUGGCUGCAGAAGCAGAGAAUGCGGACAAUGCAGCGGAACAGAAGCGGCAGCUGGGAAAGCGCGUGCGUUACGGCGAGAUCGUGCAGCUGCGGCACUCGUUCACCAACAAGUACGUGCACAUGUGUACCUCCCAGACGAGCCAGCGCGACAAGAACAACAUGAUGAUCAUGCUGCAGGACUUCAACGCCAAGAACGCGCAGUUCCGCAUCCUGCCUCAGUACAAGGUCAAGUCUGAGGGCGAAGUGGUGCAAAUCUACGACCAGAUCGUGUUUGAAAGCAUCAAGUCGCCGGGCCACUUCUUCCACGCCAGCCAGCCUUUCCAGGUGGACCACUUCAUUUUCGGGUCCGAGCUGAACCUUGGAGUGGAAAGGUCAGGGUUCACUCUUGUGCGUUUCUGCAAAGAGAAUCCUGAGCUGGAUCUUCUGGUCAAGAGAGGAAUAAGUGUUUUUCCCAAAUACGUAAAGGGUGGCAGCGUCAUUCGCUUGUUCCACAAGGAGCUGGAGGCGUACAUGGUGGCAGAGGGACUCUUCGAUGAAGAAGUUACAGAAGAUGUUCACUUCCGGAUCCGCGUGAUGGACCAGCACAAGCCGCGCACCCUGUCGCCGCCAUCUUCAGGCAACACUUUCUGGCAAAUCGAAGCUGAAAAUGGCAUUCUGUAUGGUGAUAUCAUUCGCUGGGAGCAGCAGGUGCGGCUGCGUCACAUGACCACUCGCAAGUACCUGAGCAUCGACGAGAAGCACGAUAUCAUGUUGACAGACGAUAACGAGGAUCCCAAGACUGUCUUCCGCCUGCACUCGGUGCUGAGUGAGAGGGACGAAAUACAUUUCGAAAGCUACGCGAGAAUCGAACACGUGUUGACUGGUUUCUGGCUCCACGCUUUGAAAGACGAAGACUACAUCAGGAAACAGUUUCGUUCCUUGGAUGAGACACAUGAUCAAAGCAUGAGGGGCCUCAGGUGGGACAGCGCCCAGGUGAGACAGGUGGCAGCCAGUGGAGAGAGCAUGUACGACGACGCCUUCACCAUCCAGCACGUGGAGAAGCAGUACGUGGACGACUUCAACUACGUCGGCGGCAUGGUGCCCUUCCUCCUCAACCUCAUCAAGGACCGCGACGAAGGAAUUUACCUGAACGCCAAGAAAACACACACCACCUUGACGGCAAUGGAGGAAUUGCGAAAAUUUCUUCUGCACAUGGGAUCGCCAGUUAAAAACAGACAGAAACUGAUGAGAAACCUCCGGGUCAUCGACCUGUUGGUGCGGAUCCUGCAGAGCCCGCUAGCAGGUGUGCACGACGAGGUCAACCUGGUGCAGGUGUUCAAGGAGGCAUACGAGAUCCUCUACACCUACAUGAUUGGCAGGUCCCGCAAAAACGCCCUCUACUUCGCCAAGUACAUCGACUUCUUCCAGACGCAGUUCACACAGAAGGGUGGCAUUGGCAUCAACGUGGCACAGAUGAUCGUGGAGCUGAUCCGUGACAAGCGCAAGAUCGUGGACCGAAUCACUCACCAACAGAUCGACGAGUUCGUGGGCCUGCUACAGGUGACGCAGAAUUACCGCUUCCUGGACCUCCUGCACGUGCUGUGCGUGUGCGAUGACGUGGCCAUCCCCAACAACCAGUCCUACAUCGUGCAGCGAUGGCUUCAUCGAGAACACAAAGGAGUGUACCUGACCGCACGUGGCCAGGACAUCAACCGUCAGCCCAACAUUCUCUACAUCUCCACCACCAACGGCGCCUCGUGGAUGGCCCUCCACGAGUUUGUCGAUGAAACCAACCCUGACUACGACAAGGAUCAGCACGACUUUCUUCAGCACCAGCUCGACCUGUACAAGGCCCUGUGCUUUGGUCGUAACGACUAUUCUAUCAACGUCAUCACGAAGGAAUUACGUUACCUGACGUGGGAGGAAACCUUUCUGUCCCUCCGAUCAGACAUCCUCCCAGACGCCAUCCGAGCCAAGUACUGCGACCUGACGACCAGUCUCUUUGUGGAUGUGGGCAACAACUACUCGGUGCUGGACCACCCUAACAUCUGCUUCGUCUACGACUACGUGGGGUCCAAAGACGAGGAGAAGUCGCAGGCGGACUUCGUGGUGAAAGAGCUGGUGGCCAUCUUUCCCGUGCUGAGGGACUGGAUUGCAGAGUUUCUGCAAAACAACAACAACAUGGUGGCGUCUGAAGUUGGCCACAACAUGCUGAUCGAGCAGGUCUUGCGCUUGCUGUACCACCUGGUCAAGUUCGGCUACUACCAAGACUGGGAGGACGUGCAGCAGUUGCUGCCCCCCAUGCUGAGCCUGCUGGACGGCCGCAAGGACUUCCCCUUCCCCAAGGACAAAGAUAAAGGCUACAGCAAAGAAGCCAUGAAACAGGUUCAGCAGUACCAGCAGCAGGACCGCUACGACAAGGGACCGGAAACAGCCGCCAUCGUCAACGCCAAGUACCAAGCUCUGGAGGUGCUGGAUCUCCUGCUAACCUACCAGCGAAACCUGAGGCUGCAGAGUUUUAUGGGAAAGUUCAAGAUGGCGGAGACAACCUCUACAGCGCGGAAGUCGCAGAAUGUGUUGUCGCCCCUGAUCUACGACACCUACAACCCUCAUGAUCAAAGCAAGAGGGCCCUCAAGAAGCAGAAGAGCGUGGUGAAGGAAUUGCGGGACAUGUUCAACGUGUCGGCCAUCUUUGACGUCGAGCUGCUGACCAGAAUCCUCCUGGAUCUGUCUCAGUACAAGUACAACAAGCUCAUCACCAAGGCCCUCAACAUUCUCAACAAAGUCUACUCCUCCAAAACCAACAUGUUCAAGCUGUCAGAGAAAGCCCAGGUGCUGUUGACGCAAGACUCGUCGCGCGUGCAUCGCGAGGUGCUGAAGAACAUGCCGCUGCUGCGGAGACUGGCGCGCGCCAAGCUGGACGCCCAGCAGGUGAAGCUCAUGAGUGACAUCCUCGACGACCUGGCUGAGUUCUGCCACCUGCCCAUGACACCGGACGAGCCGCAUCCCAUGAACCAAAACAUCCUCAUUAGCAACGGAAUACUCAUCAUUCUCUUUGACAUCUUGGUGCAAGAGAUCGACUUCAAGCUUCUGGAGCAGUACGCAGGCAUGACGGACAUCUUCAAGAAAACACUUUACCUGUUGCGGCUGUUGGCGAGAGAAAAUGACGCUGUGCAGCAUCACAUCUUCGAGAGACUGGAUAUUCUGCUGGAGGUCAGGGUGGUGGAGAGUGACCUGGCCAUGGCCCUCAGGGAGGUCUUCUACGGGAACCAAAACACUUGUUUGAAGAUCAACCCUCGUCAGAUCCAGAAGAUCGUCAACCGCGCGGCCGAGCUGCAGGACCGAGCGCCCGAGUUCCUGGACCUGCUGUCGAUGAUCGUCAAGGUGGCGGGCACCGGGCUGACGCUCAAGCGCAACCAGGCCUACGUCAUGAAGUACAUCAUGCAGAACUACAAGAAGCUCGCCUUCGUCCUCGACCUCGCGCGAGAAGAAAGGGAGAAGAUCCUGACCAGUCCGGCCAAAAUGUCCACACUUCGCUACUACAUCAGUCUGCUCGACCUGCUGGCCGCCUGUGCAGAGGGCGAGAACAUGUUCAUCGAGUCGCUGUGUCAGACCAUCCUGCCCAUGGACGACCUGCUGGCCAUGCUCAACAACCCAGCCAUCGACAAUGUGCUGAAGAAGCCCUUCCUGCGGUGUCUGCACCACGUGUACAUGAAGAGCAACGGCUCUGUGGUGGACAUGCAGACUUCAGAAAUUCCUCACGACAGCAUUCAGCUGGAGCGGCCUGUCCAUGACGUGUAUCGCGGCGAGCUGUGGGACUACCUGGCGUCAUUGUCCAUCGAGAUGAAUCGUCUAACAGACAGCAUUCGAGAGGAUCCAGAGAAAAUCGGCAUUCACCUCAAAACAGCGCCAGAGAAAAGCGGCUCUGCACAUGCGCCAGACUUCGAAUCUUCUGCGUACGGAACCGUGCUGUACAUCCUGGAGGGCGUCUUCCCGUUUCUGGAGACCUUCUACAGGGACUUCUACUUCCCCGACCAGCAGCAGUACGGUCAGGAGAUGGACGAGACGGACCACCUGGCCAAGGCGUGUGUGAUGUUCAGCGAGAUCGUGGGGCCGUUACUUUUCAAACCUAAUCACAUGAAGAACAUGGUCAACUGCCUGUCGGUCGUUGUUCCCGUCUCCAACAUGCCCAACUCGAACCUGGAGCACAUCAUGGAGCGCUUCGCGUCCGGCAUCACCGUGGAGGACACAUCCAGCGCCAUCAGACGGGGAAACAUCGAGUACUACUCAAGCGAGGUGGAGCUCAACGCCAAGUUCCGGGUGUUCGCCAAGAAUUGUGCUGUCGUCUUCGCCGGUCACAACACUGUCACUGCCCAGCUGCGACUCAAGUCCAAGAGGGCCUAUACCAUCAUCGGUUCCGACGAGGAGCUUCCCUUGGGGGAGGAGUUUCAGAGCCUGGUGCGCUGCUUCAUCGACACGCACGACAAGAAGGUGGACAAGCGGUACGGGCCGGCCGCCAAGCUCCUGGACCAACUGGCGAUUUCCAUGGAGUGCAAGCGCAUGUCUGAAGGCGCGCGCAUGGAGAUGGAUGAGCUCAACGUCAAGUGCUUCCAAGUGCUGCGCGCGCUAGUUCACAACGAGGAGCGCCGCCUGCCGGAGGACUGGGCCACGCGCACAACCGAGCCCAAGAUCACCAAGGUCCUGAAACAGAUCGGCGAGGUGCAGAAUAUGUUUGAUCGGUGUGGAGCCAUGAAGAAAUCUCUCCCGCACCUGGCCUCGCGCAACGACGAGAUCGCCAAGGAGGUGCUGGCCUUCCUGUGUAUCAUGCUCUUCAACGCCAACACCCAGGUGCAGCAAUCCAUGCUGACCUACUUUUUCUCCACGCGAGAGGAGGUCUUCUUCAUGGCCGUCAGGGACCGCAUGGCCUUGUCUACAAACUCCAUCAAAGAGAAGCGGUCCCUACAGGUGCAGCGGGAGGCAAAGCUGAAGGACUCGUCGUCCACCAAGAAGUGCCACAGCACCUUCAUCGUCACCCUCAUGGCGCUCAAGCAAAUACAAGCCUAUGAAAAUGCCAUGCGGCAGCAGCGACUGAGUGGUUGGACACGGAGACAGGUGGAGGGCUGUGUCAAGCCUGCCUCCACCAAAAAGACCAAAUCCAAGGCGCCAGAAAAGAAGCUGAUGGACAUGGCAGUCGGUGUUCUAGACGCCAAGGACGGCAAGGUCGGGUUCAAGGACGGCAAGAAAACGAAGGCCAGCAAGAAGGUGAAGGACAAGGAGCAGCACGCCAAUGGUGCUGCAAAGAAGGAAGUUCACUUCGCCAACCCGCAGAUGAAGGAGGACAUCGCGCUGAUGGACGCACAGGAGUUGCAGGACGUGGACAUCGCCGUCAAGCUGGAGGAGCCGGAGUCGGACCUGCUGGCGUCAGACACGGCGGCCUUCGAGUACCGCAACGACGGCUACAUCGAGCUGGUGCUAAAGGUCAUGGCCAGGAUGUGUGACGGGCAGAACAAACUGCUGCAGGAUUACCUGCGUGAGCAGCCAGACAACGUCAAGUCCUUCGACAUCAUCGCCGAGGUCACACGCUUCCUCAACGUCGUCUACUCCAACAUCAACGGCAAGAACAUCGACCUGGUCAUCCAGCUCUUUGAGACGAUGAACGAGUUCACGGCAGGAAAUCAGGACAACCGCAUAGUCAUCUACGAUAACAAAAUCAUCGACUACAUCAAUUUUAUCAUGCGGGCAGGUGACUUUGCAAACUGCUGUACAGAGAAGAUCCUGGAGCUGCGAAUGAGCAUCGCCAACCUCAUCAUGUCCUUGAUUGAAGAGAACGGGCCGGGGGCGACUGAGGUUGCCAUGGAAGUGAAAGACACUCUGGACAAGAAGGUUCUGCUGAGGCUGAUGGAGGAGUGCUACGAGAUGCACCAGCAAGACAAGACUAAGAUCGAGGAGCUGAAGGCCAGUGCCGAGACCUCCCUCCCUGGCGCUCCCCCGGCCCCGUCAGGCUCCCAGUCGGCGCUGGCCACGGCCCGCUCCUUCGCUCAGGCUGGAGGCAGUCUGCUGGCUGGUGUCAUGUCUAAAGAGAAGUGCGAGCAUGCAGAAGUCUACAUGGACGUGGGCUUCAGUCUCUACCUCAUCCUGGCGCGCAUGUGUGACAUCGACCCCAAGCUGCUGGACUACCUGAGAAUGACCCCCCUGCAACAAAAAGCCUUCAACUUCUACAAGAAGAACUCUCUGUCCAUUGAGCUCGUCAAAGAUGACGUUCUGCAGAAAGUCAACUUCCGGGUGAAAAACAAGCGGGUGCUGCGCGAGGAGGUGAAAGAGAAGCUCAAGUGGAACGUCGACCGCUCGUCUCCUAGCAACAAGAUUCGGGACCUCAUGGACUGGACUCGGGACAUUAUGAAGGACAUCGCCUACCAGCAGAAGAUUCUGAGCAACCUUCUCGCCAUUCUGCUCACCAAAGGAUGGCUUCUCUGGAACCACCUGGUCACCGUUCUCAGCUUUGCCAUCAACAUUUUUAUGCUGGUCACGUGGGAGGCCAAGGCAUCAUUGUCGACACCUGGAAUCAUCCUCAACACCACGGGCAUUCCCCCCGCUCUCCUCGAUCCGAAUCCCGUGAUAAACAACAUGGCAGAAGACGAUUAUGCGAUCACCAUGCGCAUCAUGGGCGGUGCACACAACGUGGCGUGUCUCCUCGUCUUCAUCAGCUACUUCGUGUGCAACCACCCGCGCCUGCCGGACCCGCGCCUCGUGCUGCACGUGUGCAGGAAGCUGCCCUGGCGCAAGGGUCACGACGAUGACGAGGACGACCAGAGGAAGAAGAAGCACGUGUCUAAGCUGGAUGCUCGCUUCUUCAGCUUCACCACCUUCUACUACAUGAUGUUCCUGGCUUUGUCCAUCAUCGGAACUUUCUUCAACGCCCAUUUCUUCGCCUUCCACAUGCUGAACAUCGUCAACAACAACCAGCUGCUGUCAGGCGUCAUCAAAGCCGUUACACAAAAUGGCAAAUCCUUGCUGUGGGUUGCGGUGCUGGGGCUGGUUGUGUUCUACCUCUACGGUAUCAUCGGCUUUGCCCUGAUGCGCAGCAUGUUCGACCCUAACGACUUCCUGUACUGCAGCAGCUUGUGGCAGUGCACCAUCACCGUCAUCCGCUACGGACUCAUCGGCGAUCUCUUCGAGGUGAUGAAACCGCACGAUAACGAAAAAACCUUCGAGAAAUUCGGCAUUGUGGUGUUGUACCACGUGUCGUUUUUCAUUUUUAUCUCCACCAUCGGCCUCAACAUCAUCUUCGGCAUCAUCGUGGACACGUUCUCGGAGCUAAGAGACCUGAAGUGGACAGCGGAGUCGGACAUGCGAGACACGUGCUUCAUCUGCAGCCGCAACAGCUACGACUUCGAGCACCACGGCAAGGGGUUCGACCAUCACGUGCGGUUCGAGCACAACAUGUGGGCCUACAUUUUCUUCUUCAUCCAUCUCAACGGCACCAAGGUGAACGACUACACUGCGCUGGAGAUGUUUGUCUUCAAGUUGCUGAAAAAAGAAAAUUACGACUUCUUCCCACUGGACCGGGCACUGUCGCUGGCGGCGAUGGGCAAGGACUCAACGGAAACCAAGCUGGACGACCUUUUGAGUCAGGUCACGUCCAUCGUGGAGAAGCAGCGGAUGGAGGAGCUAGAGAAGAAGAGACAUGAAGAGCGCAUGCGUCAGAAACUGUGGGAGCAGAAACAUCGACUAGGAAGCUUCCGCCGCCGGACCCGACUUCCGGCAGCGCUGAUGGACGCGGACCAAGUAGCGCCACAAGAAGAAGAGCGCGACAGGGCGAGGCUGCCACUCAGCCCGCUACCCUCGGGGCUGGCAGCAAGACGCCCCAGUAUUGGCGACUACACCAUGCGAGACACUGGUGCUCGCAUGGCAGUUUAUGGCGAAGGCACGAGGAGACCCAGCCUGUCCGAUCGCACGCUUGCGGACCAGAUGGCGCAGCGCAGCAUGCUGGGUGAGAUCGGCGCUAGGCCAUCUAUGUCCGACUUCAGCGGUCGUCUUGGCUACUCCGACCAUUACAGCCGCCGUCCCAGCCUGAGUGACCGCCGACCUAGCGGCGACCUGGGCUCCGGCCCUCUGUCCGUCUUCCACCGCCAGCCCCGCCAUGAGCGAGCCUCCAUCUUGGAACGUCAGCGCACGCUCAGGACUGGCAGUCCUUCGCGCUACGACCUCAGCGACCGAGAGCUUCCCUUCCGGGGUCACAGCCCCUCGCGCUAUGACCCCGAGGACGUUUACGUCAGAUCUCUGAGCCCCGUGCGUUACGACGGCACGCGCAGCCCUUCGCAGUCUCGCUCCCGCCACGGCAGCGACCCUGACCUUAUGGGUCUGGCCGUGGGUCGGCGAGAAGUCCCUACCCGUGACCCCAGUUCUGGCAUGCUGAGCCCCAAAUGGCCGGACAGCCACGCCGCAAGUCCCCGUGGUCCAGGGAUCUUCUUCCCGGAGACGGAGUCUGUCCACAGCCUGCGCGAACUCGGCCCCGACCGCCUGCUCAACGAUCCUUGGACCGACGACCACUUAGAGGGACCGUCCUUCCUGAUGGAACACGAGGUCCCGACCCGAGAGCGCGACACGGACGGCGACAGCGGACACAGCGGAGACCUCAGUCGCUUGGAAACCCGCCUGUAGUGGCGACACCUGGCCACGACAGCAGGCAGAGAGUCGGCUUUAGCUUUACAAGAAUGCAACCCUGACCGAGCCACUUCCAAAUAUUAUUUAAAAAUCAUAAACAUGAUUGCUUGCAUGACAUCAAGUCACUAGCUAAGUGCUGUUUAUAUUUUAUGGCAGUUACUAGCACCUGAGUUCAAAUCUGUUUCAUGCAGUACAAGUAUGUAAAAGUGAUACUGGGGCUUUUGGUCCAUUUGACUUUACUUCAAACAAUAUUUCGAUCUGUGCAUCCUGGCAAGUCUUUUGUUUUGAGGAUUAUCAUUGUUGACUUUGUCUAUACAUCUUAAGUCUACUUGUAAAUCUUGAAUCUCACCUGUCGUGGUUGCUACCAGCAACAUUGCAGACGUUGUCACUUCCUAUCACACCAUUGUCUUCCAUGGCUCUUGGUACUUUGUAGCUUGGAUCUGCUUCUUCAGGUCACGCAACUGACAUGCAGAGCACAUAUCAAUGGGUAAUGGCCCACAAUGGUAAGGGUAAUAAAAUGGGGUAGAAAGUCAGGACACAUAAAUAAAGGUCCACAUGGUAGCAGGACAUACCAUAGGUCAGGGUCCACAGUGCAGCUAGGACACACACUUACUGGUGACAAACCACAGGGCGGCCAGAUUAACACGUGCAGUCUUGACAGGAUGGCCAAGACCAGCGGGGUCAGAGGGGAAGAUUGUGAAUUACUGGUAUGUUGGAUCUCCUUUAAAUGAGAGUGCAAGUUUAUUUCACAGAUCUUUUUUACAUACAUGUGCUUUUAGUUUGCUGUACACUGAUGGCGUUCAGGUUUGCAGAUAUGUGGCCAGCAAGCUAUAAUCUACUUUUUCUCUUGACAAACGUGGUGCUGAGUAUUGAUUAGAUUUCGGAACUCCAGGUGAGCUCCCAUGUACUUCGACGGGCAGCACCAAUUAACAUCUACCUACUUCCAACACCUUUCCUCACAUGCUCCAUGAAUGCACUUCAAGCAAGUUGGACAGUGUUGCAUCCAGCUCCUGACAUCCUACCAUAAUUCUCAUCCACCGACCAUUUUCCCUCACCUAUGUCCCUGCAGAAUUUUGUAGCAAGUAGAAAGUAUGUACAUCUAACUUCAGCAAGAAGUGGAUCCUACCCAGGAACCUCAGCUGGCAGCACAAAUAUUUACCUUGAUCCAGCCAUUCAAAAUUAUCAGAGAAAGUCAUGCAUGCAGAGGUGGUGAUCUGCACGACUAAGGCUACACAAGAUUUCAGCAACAUAGCUUUUCCCUUUCAUGUUUUUGUUGGCCUUGAAACAGACUAACAGAUGUAACACAUUGUGCAUGCUUUGUGUUAUUUUCCUAAUCUUCCCACCGUGUACCCAUUCACAGUCAGGCAGUCCGCUGGCGUAACGGUUGGUGCCUGUCACCAAUACAGUGAAGACUGGCAGUCCUAGGUUCAGACCUCGCCUCAGGCACGUUCUUCUUUCUCUGCAUGAGGCAUUUAUUUACAGGGCUGGCUACCUUGCCGUGAUAAUAUAUAGUCUUAGUUGCUGGGUCGACGUGAAACACCAAGUCUCUCUCCUCCCACCCCCAACUCACAAAGUAUUGAAAUUGAUCAUGUUUUAGCCCUCUUGAUAAAUUUUUAUGAAGCAAAUUCACACUUAAUUUUCAAAACAAUUAUACAGCAAUCAGUUCUAGAAUUAAAUCUUUUCCUUGUGCUGGUACAGUUGAUCAAAACAUUAACAUCACAAAGCUUUUGCAGCAUGAUUAUUCCAAAUAAUUGAUCCAAAAUUGAAAUUCAAGAUGUAUGAUAUAAUCAAUUCCAUCAUCCACAAGAAAAUAUUACCCAGGUCAAUUUAACUCUGAAAAUCACUCUGAAACAUAUAGCUUCACUGGUUCUGGCUUAAUCCUGUAAUUUCCAUUUAAUGGUGACUUUUCUAAACAUUUUUAUCAAAAUUAAGAUAUUUUUGUUAAAUGGAAGGUACCAAGAAAAAAUAAAUGGUAUAGUCUGUCAAAUAAUAUAUUGCUUAAAAAUAUUAAUGUUCCAUAUACCUCCACUUAUAUCACUUUGGAACAUUGGAUUCUGCACAUCUAAUAAGGCGUUAUUUAAGAGAACAACUUGGACUUAACCAUUUUUCUGAAAAUUUAUGGUACCAAGACAAGAUGUGGAAUCAACAUUCAUUAUACUACAACAAUCAGUACAAUGUACCUUGCAUCAAGUGACUGUGAGUUUGUACAUGUUGAAAUGUGCACAACCAUCACAUUGUUGUGUUUUCUCAUAUGAAAGUUGACACUGAUCUCUAGAGACUCCUGCUGCGUACUCUCGGACACCACUCUGACCUUGUGGACAUAGGAACUAGCAAACAGAAGUGAUUCUUCUGCAGUAGUUGUGUGUUCUGUAGACCUUGUAGAGCACUACUGACUAGACUUACCCCACAGUGUAAUGUUGGCUGGCUUAGACAAAUGAUGGUUUUUUUUCACCAAGUGGCAUGCAAGGUGCAUGAGAAGUAGUAUGAUGGUUAUUACAGUCACCGUAACACACUACACCACAAACUUUACACAGUCAUUUUCAGCACUAGAUGUAAUAGGUCCAACAGUGUGACCAUAUUGCCAGCACUUUUGUGUACAUUAAUAUACAUGCUUUCUGCUUGAAAGCAGGACACAUUCCUCCAUGGUUUAACAAUGCUAUCAGCAGCUUUGACAAAACUUUCAAACUUCAUAUUGUACUCCCAGCAAGUCCCCUUGCCACAAGUAGAGCCAAUCACAUUGCAGUUUCUUAGCAUAAUUCUUUUCUUUCAUGUGUCAUGCAUUUGUCUUGAGCAAGUUGUGUAUCUUAAAUGAUUUUCACCUCAAUAAAUCAACCACACCAUUUUAUCUUAAUGUGUUGAAUUUAUUUGAAUUAAGCAUCAUUGUACUCGAAGCUUACACAGAAAACUUCUGUAAAUGGUGGAGGGAAUAGAGACUGGUGUAUGCAAGUAUGAGCAUGAAUGAAGGUGAGGCAUGAGUGCAAUUUUCUUGUCUGCUUGAUGCAAAACACAUAUAAAUUAAAACUUCGCUCUUCUCAGAAUGCUUAGUGUAAAUCUGGGAUGCAUAAAUAUACAUGAUACAUUUGGCAACCAGAUAUAUAUGACCACUGGACUGCAUAAAUCUGUGAUAAACAUUAGGUAGUCGCAUGCUUCAAAAAGGUCGACUGUAUAGGUUUUUAUUUCCCCUUCACUGAUUAAAAACAGGUUUAGCCUUUAUAGCUAUUUGAUCACGGGAAGAAAGUUGGAGAAGAUUAUGCUUGAUCUGCGUCUUCAUACCUUUUUUAACUCUAGGCUCACUGUGAUCUUAACAAGCUUUACUUAACUUCAUACAAAAAAAUCCGUGUAAAGCAGCACUGUUUAUAAAACUUGGACAUUCUAUUACAACAUGUUGCAACUUAAUGGCCUGCUGUAAAUAACCAUUUUGUUUCUCAGCCCUGUUUACUGGUCAUACCAUCUUUAUGGCAUUAACACAAAAGCAAUGCCAACCUGCAAAAAGUAUGGAAAAAAUCCAUCUUUCUUUAGGUGUGCUUGAUUUCUGCUAUGACUACUGAAAUUCUAAAGAUCUUCAUAUUUGCUUCCCAUCCCAAAACUUGAUAGGAACUGGAAAGUGCUUUCUUAUCUUGACCAGCUUGACAGUGAACAUUUACUCUUUAGGCCAUCUUUAGUGUCUUGGCUGUAUUUUCAUAGGCAUUCACUAGCAUAUAUAUAGAUUCUACUUGUCCUCAGCAGACUGUAAUAUCACCUUGUGGCUCGGGCAAAUAAACACGACUGAUACAGCAUCAAGAACAUGCACUAAAUGCUGUGUUCAGUGAUACAGUCUGGGCAUAGACACCUCUAUCACAUUCAUAUUGUCAUAUUGCACAUGUAAUGCAGACAUGGACCAUCAGGUACAGAGCAUUAAAAUAUGUCUGCAACCUGUUUCCUAGAAACAAGCUCCAGCAAACAACUUUGUUAUUUAAUGUAUAAACAAACGUCUUAAUGCAAAACAUCCCAGUGUAGACCAUACUUGAGGAUUUUGCCAUUACCUUUAUCAGAUAUGCUUGGAAAAACUUGUCACAGACCACUUUCCAUCUUUUACUAUUAAUGAAUAAACAUGACAAGUCUAUUCUUUUAUGCAAAAUUAAAGAAAAUAUAAACAAACUGUAUUUCUCUGCAUGUGCCAGGGUAGAGGUGAACUUGCAUCAGGCAUUAAGUCAUUACCAGUAUCAUGCUUAGGAAUUGGCGCACGCACACACACACACACAAAAUCUGUUCUCUUACACAAAUGAACAUCCACCCACUCUCUAUCUUCUUGUUACACAUACGGCACUUAAAAGUUAACCUUCUUCCUCAAAACUCGCCGAUUAAGGCAGCUGUGAGUUUACUGGUCACAACAGACCUCCUGUCCUGUGUACAGCUUCUAUUCACAAGACAGUCGCUAAAUGUCUCUGGUUGUCUAUUAAAUACAAGGUUUUGACACAUGUCUGAAGAACUUUAGCAACGUGUAAGUUUACUCAAAUUUACAAACAGAUGAUUUCAAAUUCUCCUCAGCCUUAAGCAUCGUAUCUUUUUGUGAUUCCUUAACCUGUCUUUAUCAAGAAAAAAUGCCCUGAAAUAGUCACAGACUAUUUGUACUGUGAACUAUAAAAAAAAUGAAAUUUUCCCAUCAUAAUUAUUUGUUCACACUUGUAGAUCUGUCAAUCCCUCUGGUAGUAACAUUCUAGAAUUCAAUGCCUGAUAAUUGAGAGUUCCUGAAACAAAUUCUAGAAACAUUUACAACCUUAUCUGACCCCAUUGUUUAUCAAGCUAAUGUUUUGGAUCAAAUGAGGCCACACCAAUAAUUAUGUUUGUUACCCAAGAACUAAAAACAUCCUGCAACAACUUCACUAAAUAUCUAAUAUUGUCAUUUUACCCAUGAUCUCUCUUUCUCUUUAAUAAUUCUGUAUGUGUUUAUGUUGACUACUGAAAAAAAGUAUCAUUUCAUCUCAUGCCUGGCAAGAAAAAAAAGAGAUUGGAAGAGAGGUCAGAACACAAAGACAGCAAUGACAGUAAAUGGCAUGUGUGCUGAAAUACUUUAGAUUCUAAAAAGACAACCAUGCAUCUAAACUGAAGCCAGAAAAGUUGUGUCAGCUAUCA